AUACAUUCAAUGUCUUAUUGCUGGUGACAGUGGACUGCUAAACUAUAAUAAGAACAAAGAAGAAAUGAUUAAAAAUUUGAUAAUAUUUUUUUUAAUUACUUUACUUUGGACAGUGACAGCAUCGCCGGUUACAAAUGAAGACACUGAAAUAGUGAAUCACUCAAAUGAAGUAGAAGUAGAUGGUCAUAAAGAAGAAUAUCGUCUGCCUCAUGAGACAGAACCUCGGCUGUAUGUGCUGGAGUUUGAUCCGGAUUUUGAAGGUGAAAAAUUUACUUUUAAAGGAAACGGCACUAUUUUAUUCAAAGUACUUCAGCCGACCACUUCCGUAACUCUGCACAGGUCAAAUAAAAUAGUGAUAGAUCCAGAUUCUGUAGCAAUUGUCGACGAAAAAGGAAUUGUUUAUCAGCCAGUUAAACAAGACUGGAAUUCAGAGAAUGAUUUUUACACAUUAAAGUUUGAGAAUAAAUUAAAACCUGGAAAUUAUACUCUGAAAAUUAACUGGGUCAGUGAUGAUUAUGAAAAUGAUUGGUUUUCAACUGACUACGGUUUUUUUCGGGCACAAGAACAAUUCACAAAUGAAAACUCUAGCUACUUGAUUGCAACUCUUUUCCAACCAAUAAGCGCUCGUACCGCGUUUCCGUGCUGGGAUGAACCUGGCUUUAAAGCUCAGUUUGAAAUUUCUAUAAAACACUCUCCGAAUUACACAGCGCUGUCAAAUAUGCCUGAAAAAAAUCGUCAAGAGCUUGACGAUGGCAGAAUUAUGACUAACUUUGAAAGAUCCGUAAAAAUGUCAUCAUACAAUCUAUGCAUAGUUGUCGCGAAUUGCACGUCUAUUAAAAGUACCGAGAGAAAUAUAUCUUUUUAUGGAUUUGACAAUUUACAUUACCUGGAAUUUCCAUUGAAAAUUAGCGAGAGCGCUGUUAAAAUACUGGAAGCUUACACUGAUAUGCCAUUUCCGCUGCCGAAACUGGAUCAAUUGACUAUUCCUCAGCUAUUAGAUAUGCCUGCAAUGGAAAACUGGGGGCUUAUUACAUACCCAACGAUGUUUGUGAGGUUCAAAAAUACAACUUUAAUUCCGGACGUUGAUCAACAGGAUAAUGUAGCACUCUUAGUGGCUCAUGAAGUGUCGCAUCAAUGGUUUGGCAAUCUUGUUACUUCUGCUUGGUGGGAUGAUCUUUGGUUGAGUGAAGCUUUUGCAACUUUUUUUUCACAUAAAAUUAUUGAUCAAAUAGAAGGAGAUAAACGCGCAAUAGAUACUUUUACAAUCGAAAAUAUCAAUGGUGCAAUAGAUCAAGAGCUUCCUCCCCAUCGUGCAAGUUCAAUUAAAGUAGAACCAAAAGACAAACGUGGUAUUAUUCAAAUGUUUGGCUCAGCAACAUACUACAAAGGUGCUGGAAUUUUACAAAUGCUGGAAAAUGUUAUCGGUGAAGAUGUAUUUCGUGAUGGGAUUCGUCGAUAUCUGAAAACGCAUCAAUUUGGUGCCGUUACAAGUGAUGAUCUUUGGGCAGCUUUUCAAGAAGCUUACGAUGAAGUUCAUAAAGAAAAUUCAUUGAAUAUCAAAGAGUUUAUGGAUCCUUGGAUCCUGCAAAAAGGAACUCCGGUCUUAAAUGUUACUCGAAAUUAUGAAACAGGCGAAACAAAUAUUACUCAGACAAAUUCUCGGGAGGAUUUAGAUGCCCAGUGGACAAUUCCGAUUAACUAUGCGACUAAAUCAAACCCUGAUUUUUCUUCAGCUCUUCCAACUUUGUGGAUGAAUAAAAAUGAGACAACAAUUACUCUGCCUUCUAUCGACAAAGACGAUUGGAUUAUUCUAAAUAUUCAGCAAAGAUCAAUGUACCAAGUUAAUUAUGACGAAGAAAACUGGAAUCGACUCGCUGACUAUCUGAUAAAAGAUCACGAAAAAAUUCAUCCUGUGAAUCGUGCUCAGCUUACAGCAACUGCUAUCAAAAAUGUCAAAAAUAAUCCUUCUUUUAUUGACACGCUUUUUAAAAUAUCUCUUUACCUUAAUCGAGAAAAAGAAUUCUUAGCUUGGAUGCCUUUAACGGAGAUUUUGACAAAAAUUUCAGAAGAAUUUCUCAAUACUAAUAAUCAAGAUCUGUUUGAAGAAUAUAUUCGUUUUCUUACUAAUGCAAUAGCUGAGACAAAUUUUGAAGGAGAGACACUUGAAUCUGCUCGGAUUAGAAAAGUAUUCGCUCCGGUACUUUGUGUUGUGAAGAAUAAGAAUUGUCUGGAGUAUGCUCAAAAAAUUUUUGAUAAAUUCUUAGAGAAUCCUUCUAAAAAUGCAUUUCCAGAAUAUGGCUGGAAUUGGGUAAUAUGUACAGGUCUUAAAGAUGCCAAUGAUACUGUGUGGGAAAAAUUUACAUCUGAUGAAGCUCCGAUAAAAAAAUUUAUUCAAAAAAUAAAUUUUAAAUUAAUAAAAUGUACAAAUGACAAUGAAAAACGUGAUAAAUAUCUUAUGAAAAUAAUCCAUUCAAAUUCAACUUCAAGACCGUAUUUUGUAAAUAGAGUUAUUCUAAAUUUUCUUGAAAGCAAUCGCAAGGAUGUUAAUUAUAUCAUGCAAUUCUUCUGCGAUCAUUUUGAAGACUUUGAAAAAUUUUAUACCAGAAAUGAUGGUAAUUAUUUAGAGACUAUUAUUGAACGCAUAUUCUCCAAAGUUCAAAAUCAAGAACAACUUGAUAAAAUGAAAUUACUUGUUGCGUCUCACAAGGAUAAAUUGAACAAAAUUGUAUCCAAAAAGUUUCCUUCAAUAGACACUUUAUUAGAAAAAGCUGAAAGAUUCGUUCAAGAAUUAGAGUCUUUCGUUUCUAAAUUUGAGGAACUAAUAGACCAAUAUUUAACAAAAGAAGCUGAUGGUAAAUUAAAAUUAAAAGAUUUGUAAUUUAAUUAAGAAAUAUUGAAAUAGUUA